UUGGGGACAGAUAUGCAGGGACAGACUGGCAGAGACAGGGAGUCACAGUAACUCCCACUCUGGGUCAGACAUGUCUGUGACAGUGGGAGAGGGGCGGGUCAUAGCCUGGAGGGUCACCAGAAGCAUCACCUACUACUGCACCAGCCCGACACCAGGGGGCGAUACCCCUGCCCCCUCUCCUCCCACCUCCUCCUUAUCCUCCCAUCUAGACACUCCUCUUCCCUCCCUCUCCACCCCCUUUAUCUCAGACAUGCCCUCUCACCCCACUGUUUCCUCAACUCUCACCCCUUCAUUUUCAGAUGUACUAUCCCUCUCUCCAUCCUCGCCCUCCUCCUCCCCCCGUCCCCUCCUCCUGCUCCUCCCAUGGCUGGGCGCCCGACCGGGGGCCAUGGCGAAGUACCGGAACCUCUACCUGGAACGCGGCCUGGACAUCCUAUCUGUGGAGAGCACCGUGUGGCACUUCCUGUGGCCUCGCUGGGGGCUGGAGUAUGGGACCGAGGUCCUGGAGGUCCUUGACGACCCGCGUUUCAAAGGGCGCCCCCUUCUGGUCCACGCCUUCUCCAUCGGCGGGUACACCUUCACCCAGCUGCUCAGCCAGAUGGUCAGGGAGCCACACAAGUACCCGGGCCUGGCCCAACGGGUUGUAGGACAUGUCUAUGACAGCCUGGUGAUCGGGUCGCUGGAGCAUAUGGCUACAGGCCUGGGCAAGACCCUGUUCCCUCGUAUGGAGCCCCUGGUGCGAUACACCGCUCUGCUCUACUUCUGGCUCUUCAAGUCCCAGACGGUGCACUACUACGACAACUCAGUCCAGGUCUUCUACAACAGCCCCGUCACCGCCCCGGCGCUCUUCUUCUUCUGCGAGAACGAUGCGCUGUGCGACCCCGUCGCCAUGGAGGCGGUCCUCAACUUCUGGAGGAAGCGGGGCGUUGUUGUGGAAACCAGGAAGUGGAAGGAGUCUGUGCACGCUGCUCAUCUACGCUGUCACUCGGAGGAGUACCUCUCCAUGUUGGAAAAAUUUAUGAUCUCGCUCAACAUCGCCCCCCUCAGGGAGAAGGUGUGAAUGGCUCAUGUGCUAAUCACAGUGUGUGGGGGGGUAAUUGAUGAUAAUUCAAUAAAGCCUGCAUACU